AUAAAUAAUUCAAGACAAAUAAAACUUAUAUUCACUCUAUUUUCUUUGUAUACUAGUACCAGACAUAGAUAUAUGUUACGUAAACGUUCAUCCAAGUUUCAUGUAAUUUAAGCAUUAUGUUCUAAUGUGAGAGCGUAACUCCGAUUGUAUGGGAGUAACCAAAACCUUGUUAUGAGUCAAUUAUAUUUUUUUGCCUGUAACUUUACUUUUUUCAUACAUUUAGGAAACUUUACAUACUUAUUCUUCAACUACGUGCCUUUUAUACUGUUUGAUAUUUUACAAAUUUCACGCAUAUCAGUGAAAGGAUAAGGAUCAAAGUCAAAUGGCGUUCUAAAAGUUUUAAUCAUGUGUCGAAAAAUGGCAGUAAAUUUACUGUGGCUACAAAAUUUUCUUGGACAAUCCACCUCUAUUGGGCUAGCGUGGGGACUAUAGCCCGAGCCCUCUCGCGCAUGAGAGGCCUGUGCCCAGCAGUGGGACGUAUAUAGGCUGAAUUAUUAUUAUAUUAUUAUAUAAUCCCCCUCUAUUUCAAAUUAUCUUUGCUUAUAGUCAAUUUUUUCUUUGUCUGCAGGCGCCAGCAUUAGAAUAACCGCAAUAUAGCGAACAAAGGAAACAUGCUGCGCAUACGAACCAGUUCUGUUGUUCAAUACUACAAAUAUGUAUUUGGAGAACUAGCGGAUCCCCGCACAAACAACUGGUUCCUCAUCUCCAGCCCCAUCCCAGGGCUGAUCAUCAUCUACCUAUACCUACAGUUUGUGACCAAAUGGGGUCCCCGCUACAUGGCCAACAAGCCGCCCUUCCAGCUUCAGAAGACUCUGGUGGUAUACAACUUUCUGCAAGUUUGUGUCAGCUGCUGGAUAGUAUAUGAGGGUCUGGAUGCAGCCUGGCUUCGGCACUAUAGUUUGAAAUGCCAACCAGUCGACUUUUCUAACAGCCACGAGGGGAUGAGAGCGGCCCGAUGUGUAUACAUAUACUUCCUGGCGAAGAUCACAGAGCUCCUGGACACGGUGUUCUUCGUGCUUCGCAAAAAAGACCGCCAGAUCACCUUCCUACACCUGUACCAUCACGCUGCCAUGCCCAUGAUAUCCUGGGGAGCGACUAAAUACUACCCCGGCGGGCACGGCACGUUCAUCGGCCUCGUGAACUCCUUCGUCCACAUCUUCAUGUACGCUUACUACAUGGUGGCCGCCCUUGGUCCUGAGUACCAGAGGAAACUGAACUGGUGGAAGCGGCAGAUCACUACACUUCAAAUGGUAAGUUGUCUUUCUUAUAGCUGUAAUGACGGUUAUGUUUUUGAGCGAACCCGCUUGAUAAAAGUAAAAUUUGAUUUCUCGCGUAAUAUGCCAUUUUGCACUGGUUCCUGCAACAUACAUUUUAUGACGGUUUUUUUAUACUUUGUCGGUGGCAAACAAGCAAACGGCCCGCCCGAUAGUAAGCAGUUUCCGCAGUCUUUGGACGCCUGCAACUCCAGAGGUGUUACAUGCGCGUCGACGACACUCCGCACCCUCGUUGAGCUGCACAUAAUAACUACGUCCACGCAUACAUAAGAAAUAUGCAUUCCCGCUUGAGAUGCGUUUUUUUUUCAAUAAAACUCGAUAAAUUGUGACUUUUGAUAGCCAACCAGGCCAGCUAGGAACAAAUAUCAGUGUUGCAGUGUAUCAGGAUUUGAACCCGGGACCAUCGGCUUCGUAGGCAGGGUAGGCACUACCCACUAGGCCAGACCGGUCGUCAAAUUAAUCGCGUAUUUUGACCGCUAAUUAUUUCAUUUUCCUUUGUAGUUAAGAUCUGUUACAGUUAUUUAAGACAAUCCACUGAACCAAGAUAUUGAACUUUCGUAUUCGUUCCUAAAAUCGGAGUUUCAUUCCUUAAUCAUUCUAUAUAGAACAAAACAAUGGAAUGGCUUAUAAAUAGUAUUGUGUUGAUUUAUUUUAGACGAAGUAAAUUUUAAAUUAACAUUAGACCAUUGUCUCUGUACUUGGCCUUGCCAAGCCACGUGGAUAAAACGGCUUUGUAUGUAGAUCAUAAGGGCUAAGAUUUUUUUAAGGGCUAAGAGUUCUUUAUCAUAUGUCACUAUACCUGUCACGUUCUAACAAUAUGUAAACGCGAAAGUGACGAGCAUAGUGACGUGAUAAAAAUGGAACCAUGCUGCCAGCGCAGCAGCUGUAGGACGGUCGCAUUUUUAUCACUGGUCACUAUGCCCGUCACUUUCGCACUUACAUACUUGUUAGAACGUGACAGGCCUAUGCCAAGCCUAUGACAAGUCAUAAAAAUGCAACCGUGCUACAGACGCAGGAUUAAAAUAGUAGAUUGUUAACCAAGGGAUGAAAGACACUCAUUUCUGUCGAGUUAGUUUCGGACUACAAUAGUUCGAGGCUGAAACGGUGCCUUACACAAUAGGUUGCAUUUAUGAAAUGUACAAGAGAUAAGAAGCGAUUUUGAAAAUUUCUACCCCUAAGGUGGAUAAAAUGGGUUUGAUCUUUUGUAUGGCGUUAAAUUUUUAUUUUAAGCUUGGGACUUGUAACUUCGAGAAUAGGUAAUAUAUUAAAAUAAAAUAAUAGUGAUUUCAGCGUUUUUGGAAAUUCAUCACCUAAAAGGGUUAAAAAGGGGUUGAAAGUUUGUAACGAUAAUGAUCUGAGUAGGGUCUCGAAAUUAGUAGGAACAGAAAAUAUUAAAAAGUAUGGAAAAUAAUUUUAGUGUUUAUGAAAAUUCAGCUCCUUAUAAAAAGCUCCUUAAAAAGGGGUUGAAAGUAUUUCUAGGGAAAUAAAUCCACGCGGACGAAUUUGUGGGCAACAGCUAGUUAAAAAUAAUCUCUUUUUUCCUCAGGUCCAGUUCUGCUUAACGUUUCUACACUCCUCGCAACUUCUCUUCUACGACUGCGGCUUCCCUCGCUGGACGCUCGUCUUCACUCUUCCUAACUCCAUCUUCUUUUACUAU